AUGGUUAGUCGUCAUGCUUUUGAAGCUAUUGAUCAUACAUUUAGGGACAUAUUGAAAAAUGCAGAACAUUGUUCAGAGGAUAGGGUUUUUGGUGGAAAACUAUUUGUGCUUGGUGGUGACUUUGGACAGAUAUUGCCUGUUGUACCUGAAGAUGGGCAUGAACAAACAGUGGAAGCUUCAUCACCUAAGUCAACAAUUUGGGAGCAUUGUCAAGUUUUGCAUCUUACCAGAAAUAUGUGUGUUAUAGCACAAGAUAUUUCUAAUCAUACGUGUCAUGAAUUAUGUGACUUUGCAGAGUGCAUUAAAUUGGUUGAUGAAGGGACAACAAUGAGAAGCUCAUUUAGUAAAGGCUAUGAACCUAAUUGGAUACAGAUACCAGAAAAAUUUGUUAUAAAAAAUGGAGAAAGCGAUUUGCACAAGUUAAUCGAUGACACCAAUCUUGAUUUCAUAAAUAAAUAUUAA